CUGUGGUGAAGACUGUUGCUGGUACCCCUAAGGAGAAGGGUUUGGUGAAUGGUCAGGGCAGGGCUGCCAGGUUCUACCACGCCACACAGAUGGCGUACGACCCAUACACAGACAUACUCUACAUCUCCGAUCAUUUCAACCAUGCUAUCAGGACAAUCAAUUUACAAGGUUAUGAGGUUGACAUCCUGGCUGGGAGCCCAAAAGGGGAACCUGGAUUCAAGGAUGGGAAGGGGACGGCAGCCAGACUGAACUAUCCUGAGGGGAUAGCUUUUGACACCACACACAGGGUCCUGUAUGUGGUCGAGUUUGGUAACAACUGUAUCAGAAUGGUGACCCCUGCAGGACUUGUGAAAACUCUGGCGGGCGGACCCGAGCAUGGCUACAAAGAUGGAUCAGGCAGCGCCGCUCGCUUCUUCCACCCGACAGGGCUGACCUUGGACCCCACCAACAAGGUCAUCUACGUCACAGACCAGUACAACCACUUGGUUAGAAGUGUGACGGCAGUCGGACACAACUACGACGGACCUGCUGAGAUGGUUUAUGUACAACAGAACAAGCCUGGGAGGCAAGGUAUGUAUGAGAACUGAUCAAUGAUUCUGGAA